AUGGCCUCAGCCGGGGGCUUGACUCGCCGGAGAGGUGGCGGUCGAGUCGCUGGCGCAGAAGACAAUGAUGACAGCAGAGUCUCUUCGCCCAUAUCGAGAAACGGUUCUUCGCUGGACAACCGCGUCCCCGAAACGUCAUUCACCAGCGCCGAAAAUGGCCAUAAGAUCGCGUUCGACCCCCGAGACAUCAGCGAAACGGAGGAGCGCAGCAAACAGCCCAAGCUCACCCUGAUGGAAGAGGUACUUCUACUGGGAUUGAAAGAUAAACAGGGCUAUCUGUCGUUCUGGAAUGAGAACAUCUCCUACGCCCUGCGAGGGUGCAUCGUGAUCGAACUGGCCCUCCGCGGUCGCAUCAGCAUGCAGAAGGAUUCCUCUCGACGACGUUUCCCCUUGGCCGAUCGGGUGAUCGAGGUGAUUGAUGAUACGCUGACGGGCGAGGUCUUGCUGGACGAGGCGUUGAAAAUAAUGAAGUCGAGCGAGAAGAUGAGUGUCAACUCCUGGAUCGAUCUACUGAGCGGUGAAACAUGGAACUUGAUGAAGAUUGGCUACCAGCUGAAGCAAGUGCGCGAACGUCUUGCCAAGGGCCUGGUCGACAAGGGCAUUCUCCGGACCGAGAAGCGCAACUUCCUCCUCUUUGAUAUGGCUACACACCCCGUGGCUGACGGCGGCGCCAAGGACGACCUCCACCGCCGUGUCCGCAACAUCUGCAGCAGUCGCACCGUCAUCCUUCCCGGCAACACCUGGCUCCCCGAGGACGCUGAGUUCCGGUACCUGCGGACGAUCACCAUGGUAUGCGCCGCUUAUGCAGCCAAUGUUCUGGAGAAUGCGCUGGUCACAAUGAGCCACGAGGCUCGAGAACGGGCAUUCGCGCAGGUGGAUGAGUUGUUGGCCGAGUACUCGCAGUGGCCGUUCGGCCGGAGGGCAGGUGGCUCGCAAGCCAUCGGAGCCAACCUGGCGCAGGCCAUUAAUGACGAGGUGAACAAGGCUAAGGACAAAGAGCUCCAGUUGGAGAUUGUGGCAGCAUGUUUGAGCGUUUUCACUAGACUUGAUUCACUACUGUAA